AUGGAAGACCCAAGGAAGACCCCACACCCAAGUUUGACUCCGUCGUGUCCCGCUCCAAUCAGGACACUUCUUGAUCCCGUCCUCACCCAAUCCCGCAGCAGAUAUUUUGCUAUGGGCGCAACAGGCCUCUUCGCAGCCAUAGGGGCCCUAGACAUAUGUCCCCAAGUCCGCCAGUUGAUUCCCCACAGCAAUCUCGAUAUCUGGGAGACCCUCGGGGCCACGUAUGAUACCGACGCCUUCAAGGCGAAAGCGGUAAGUUGGCUCGCAGGAGCUGUGCAGGUCCCAACAGAGUCGUAUGACUACCUUGGUCCCGUGGGAACAGAUCCCCGCUGGGAGAAAUUCCACGCGUUCCAUGCGUAUCUCCAGAAAGCCUUUCCGCUGGUACAUGCAGAGCUCGAACUGACCAAAGUCAACACUUAUGGUCUCAUUUUCGUGUGGAAGGGAUCAAAGGAGAGGUUAAAACCCCUGCUAUUAGCGGCACAUCAAGACGUCGUGCCCGUGGAACCUACCACUGUCGAUAAAUGGACCCACCCACCCUUCUCUGGCCACUUCGACGGGACAUAUGUUUGGGGCCGAGGAAGCUGCGACGACAAGAGCGGUCUUAUCGGCACCAUGUCGGCAGUUGAGGCUAUGUUGGCAGAUGGUUAUGAGCCAACUCGGACGGUGGUACUUGCAUUUGGGUUCGACGAAGAGUCUGGCGGGGUACAUGGUGCACGAAUGUUAUCUGCCAAACUCGAAGAAAUGUUCGGCCAAAACGGGUUUGCGAUGAUAGUAGACGAAGGCUCGGGGUAUGGUGAACAGUAUGGUCGCAUUAUUGCGAUGCCUGGUAUCUCCGAAAAGGGGUCUGUCAACGUUCGUGUAGAGGUCACCACCCCGGGUGGACACUCGAGUCUGCCUCCUCCUCAUACGAGCAUUGGCAUACUUGCCGAAUUGCUCGUCGAAAUCGAAGCAAAUCCAUUCAAAGCACAUCUGGCACGGAACUCGCCGCCUUACAAGACCGUCCAAUGCCUCGCCGUACAUGUCCCAAACCUCCCUGACCGUCUGCGGAGGGAUAUCCUCGCAUCAGCCUACUCGGACAAGGCGCUUCGUGCGGCCGAGAGUGUGUUAUUCACGAACCUUGCGUUCAAAAAUCUCGUCCGAACCACGCAAGCUAUCGACAUCAUACAGGGAGGCGUCAAGGUCAAUGCGUUGCCCGAGCAAGCGUGGGCAGUGGUCAAUCAUCGGAUCUCGACAGAGAGCUCCAUUGCUGCCACCGAAGCACACGAUAUUGACCUUCUCAGACCCUUAGCUUCCAAGUUCAACCUCAGUUAUACUGCUUUCGGGAAGACUGUCGAUCAUGGUGACCACCUCAACACGAGCCCUACAUAUGGAAACCUGACCCUAUCGGAGGCGUUUAAGGGCGGGUUAGAACCCGCGCCGACCACUCCGUUCGAGGGUGACGAUGCGAUGCCUUACCAGAUUCUUUCCGGGUCCAUCAAGGCAGCUUUUCAUAGGCACAGAAGUAUCAAGGAGGAUAGGAUUGUCGUGAGCCCGGGGAUCAUGUCUGGGAAUACAGAUACGAAGUUCUAUUGGAAGCUUACCCCUCAUAUUUUUCGGUAUGGGCAUAUCAGGAACAUAGGAGGGGCUUUGCCACUUAAUAUACAUACUGUGAAUGAAGCGAUGUCGAUCGACAACUUCCUGGAGAUAAUUCGUUUCUACACGACUUUGAUCUUGAACAUGGAUGAGUCGGCGCUACCUUAGAUAGUUUUUUUCGAUGAGAUGUAUAAUGACAUUGGUGGCCCGAGUGUGUAGGUAUGGGG